CCACGGUCAAGCUGAAGAUGCUGCAGCUUUAGAGCGCUCUCCAACUUAGUCAUGAUAACUUAUGCUUGCCCGCCCUGGCAGAAGGACUACCAGUGGUUCGUGUCGUGGUUAAAAAUAACAACAAGGGAGCCACCAGUGCAUCUAAGACUUCGUAUCCAGAGAAUGCCCCACAACGUCACAUAUCACGAAAGCCCGAAGGCCAAUAAUAGUUGCCCCUUUUCCCAUCUCUUACAAGGAUCAUCUGACAACAUUCAACCGACGUUACAAUCUAAUCUACACAUUGAGUUCUGCAGUGCUCACCUAGAUUGUGAUGUGCAUCAUGAUUGCCCGACAUGGUGAUUUCCAUGUAUCCUGAAUGAUGGUCCGACACCUUGCGCCAAUUUCAUCCACUCUGGAGCACCCUUAUAUAUAGGGUCGAACACCCACCAGAAGAUCCCAUCUAUCCCACGGUCAGCACUCGCCAGACACAGACAACCAGCGACCACAAUGAAGCUCUCCACGCUUGCCUUGACCGCUGCCGCCGGCCUGUCCUUGGAGGCUACUGCUGAGACAGUCCAGGGUUUUGAUAUCUCCAACCAUCAAGCCACCGUCGACUUCAAGGCUGCCUAUAAUGAUGGCGCCCGCUUCGUCAUGAUUAAGGCAACCGAGGGCAUGACCUUCAAGGACCCGCUCUUUAGCUCACAUUACCAAGGUGCUACUGAGGCCGGUCUGAUUCGCGGAGGCUACCAUUUCGCGACUCCCGACUCCUCCUCUGGCGCAGAGCAAGCGCAAGAAUUCCUCAAAAACGGCGGUGGCUGGUCCAAGGACGGCAUCACCUUGCCUGGUAUGCUCGAUAUCGAAUACAACCCAUACGAGGGUGGCACCUGCUACGGUCUGAGCGCCGCGAAUAUGGUCGCCUGGAUCAAGGACUUCGUCGAUACGUAUCAGAAGGCCACUGGGGUCUACCCCAUGAUCUACAGCACCGCCGACUGGUGGAAGACCUGCACCGGAAAUGCCGGCGGGUUUGGCCAGACCUGCCCUCUCGUGCUUGCCGCGUAUAGCAGCUCGGCGCCGUCGACGAUCCCUGGCGACUGGCCGACCUACACCAUCUGGCAAAACUCUGACAGCUAUAAGCACGGUGGUGACUCCGAUAUCUUUAACGGAUCGUAUGAGCAGCUGCAGAAAAUCGCUAACGCUGCGUGACUCUGGAUUGACGACGUGUUUUGCAAUAUGAAAUUCUUUCGUUUGUUUCUCGUGAAUGUAUCUUUCAACUGUCCAGGCGACGGUCGCUAGUUAAUCAAUUGACAUGCCGUUGGCUCUAUCGUCUAUUCAACAUAAGUGGUAGAUCAACCGGAGACAUGAAAAUCAUUGUCUUGCUUUAUCUUUUGCAACUGUCUGGACCAUGGUCAUGUUUACGGUCUUAACACCCAACUAGGAGUAACCGCUG